AAGACGACAUCUUAUUCUGAAAAUCAUGGACCGGAAGUCUUUUUCCUGGAUAACCUGGUUCACUUAACCUCGGACUAACGGUAGCCAUGGACGACUAUCAGACAGAGGAGGAGACCGUGUUCGUGGUUGAGAAGUGGCAAAUAAUCAAAGAGUCAAUAGAAGCAGUCAUAGGAGGAAAUGCCUACCAGCACAGCAGAGUGAACCACUGGACCACCAGUGUGGUGGAGCAGUGCCUCAGUCAACUCAGCAAGUUGGGGAAGCCUUUCAAAUAUAUCGUAACCUGUAUCAUCAUGCAGAAGAACGGAGCAGGUCUGCAGACAGCUAGCGCAUGCUUCUGGGACAACAAUACUGAUGGAAGCUGUGCUGUGAGAUGGGAGAACAAGUCCAUGUACUGUAUCGCCAGUGUCUUUGGGCUGGCUAUUUGAGAAUGUACCUCAGGUGUGUUGUGAAAUGUUAUGUUUGGUCACGUUGGCUAUAUUUGAAUAAACUUGUUUUUUAUUAAGUGAAAUUAAAAAAGUAAUUAAAACAGUACUAUGUUGUAUACUUUGCUUUAUUUACACAUGACAUGACAGAGUGCUACAUGCACAGCUUUUAUCUCAUAAAGCAACAAAAAUUGCAAGAACUCCCAACAUAACAGGACCCACAACAACCUCAUUUAGCCACGUUAAACGAUAAUCAUAAACUACAUUCACAUCGAAAGAAUCAAAAAUGUACAUUUACGUCAAAGCGUUUACAAAUGCGAGACUGCUGCCCGUUCAGAAGAAAAUAGGGUGAUGUAGAGACAAGGCACCAUCUUGAAUGGAAUACAUGUUUGUAAAGAACAGAAAUACAUUUGUUUUGAUUGUUUUUGUCCAUACGCUCCAGUUUUAUAAAACAGAAAAGGGCAGCAGGUCACACUGUAGGUAAUAUAAGGAAAGUCAGAGGAGAGAAAAAACUUAAAAUAAUUCUUUACAUAAGGCAAAAUAUAUUUGGCCAAUGGUGUAACAACUGUAUGUGCUGGCAUAAGAAAUGGUUAACAUGGUACAUCAGUAGUGCAUCUAAAUAAAUCCACACAGUUCAUCAAAAUCCAUCCACCCAUCCAGAUAUUCAGAUAAUACAGUACCAAGUGUCAUCACUUUUCGGCAAAAUAAAUACAAUUCUGAAACAAGUGCAAUUACAAAGCUUCUUUCCAAGGGAAGAAUUGGUAAGAGGAGUGGUCAGAGAUGAGUGGUACCCACUUCAGUUAAGGCUCUCUCUGUCUGAAAACAAAGAGAAUAAGUCGAAAGCCAACACUGCUAUGGCACUUGAAUUUCCCAUACACCAAGUGUUACUGUUGCAACGUGAGCUUCCUUUACUUUGUACCACCGGUCUAAUGCUACUCAGCUUUGGCCAUAUUCAUGCAUUCUCAAUCAUCUCAGACUGUCAGAGAGCGGCGAGGAAUGGCAGAGACAACACAGUGCGAGUGUAGAGAGACAACAGUGGUUCAACGCAAAUAAUUAAAAAAUAACAUUGAUUUCAAAUAUAUGUACAAAAAAAAAAAA